CUACAACUUCUCGCGAGAAUACGUGAGAACACCACGUUGAGCGGGUGAUUUCGCGGGAACUGUCUCUUGCUCGCUGAGAAGGAAUAACACAGCAGAAAAUAUAAGUUACAUACCUGAUUUAAAACAUCUAACAGCUUCCCUCUGCUAAGGACAAGUCAUGUUCUCCGACCUGAGCGCCCAGAAGCAGGGCUCCUCACUGCUCUGCCGCCCUGCCUCCGAGGACCAGGACCAGGACCAGGACCAGGGGCCGGUGUUUGAGAGGCAGUCGCUGGACUACAGUCUGUGCUCCGAGCGCUACACAGUUGGGGAGAGGAGCUUCAGUCGCCAGUAUGCUCAUAUAUACGCUGCACGACUCAUGCAGAUGAGGCCCUUGCUGUCAGAGAGAGCCCAGCAGAAGUGGGGAUCAGAUGUGCUUAUCAGGAAGCUUUGUGAUCUUCAGACAGGGGAGCAGUGUUGCAUUGUGGGAACCUUGUUCAAGCGCAUGGAACUGCAGCCAUCUAUUCUGAAAGAGAUCAGUGAGGAGCACAACCUGCUGCCUCAACCUGCACGAGCCAAAUUCAUCAGUGAAACAGAUGAGCUGAUUCUGGAGGAUGAGCUACAGAGGAUCAAACUGGAGGGCAAAAUUGACAGAGACAAGCAUGUCACAGGUAGUGUUAUUGCAAUAUAUGGAGCCGAAAAGAAUGACGGGAAGUUCACUGUUGAGGACUUUUGCGUGGCUGAUGUUCCUCCGCAGACACCCAGACCUGGGCUCAGCUCUGACCGGUUUGUGCUCAUGGUCUCAGGACUUGGUCUAGGCAGCAGUCAUGCCGACAGCAUGCUGGGGCUGCAGUUGCUCGUUGACAUGGUAACCGGUCAGCUCGGUGACCAGGGGGAGCAGAGCGGGGCAGCGUCAAUUUCCAGGGUCCUGCUGGCUGGAAACCUCCUGAGCCAAAACACCCAGGACAAGGACGCCUCAACGAAGCCCAAGUACCUCACCAAGAAGACUCAGGCUGGCAGCGUGGACGCCAUGCGUCUGCUGGAUGAGCUGCUGCUUCAGCUGGUGGCCUCAGUUCCAGUGGAUGUAAUGCCGGGCCAGUACGACCCCACCAACUACACCCUCCCUCAGCAGCCUCUCCACCGCUGCAUGUUCCCCUUGUCCAAUGUGUACCCUACACUACAGCUGGCCUCCAAUCCACACCAAGCUAGCAUUAAUGGAGUGAAGUUCUUGGGCACAUCAGGCCAGAAUGUGUGUGACAUUCAGAGGUAUAGCAGCAAGGACAAUCACCUGGAAAUACUGGAGGACACGCUACGACUCCGACACCUGGCCCCUACGGCGCCGGAUACUCUGGGUUGUUACCCAUUUUACCAAAAAGACCCUUUCAUCUUGGAGGAGUGUCCCCACGUUUACUUCAGUGGCAACGCUCCGACCUUUGGGUCCAAGCUCAUUAAAGGUGCUGAAGGCCAGGAAGUCCUUUUGGUUACUGUUCCAGACUUCAGCAGCACCCAGACGGCGUGCCUGGUCAAUUUACGUACUCUCGCAUGUGAGCCAGUCAGCUUCUCGGCCUUCUCCGCUGACGACGAUGAUGAUAGUGAGAUGAACGUCAGCCACUGAGGGUCCAUAUCCACAUGCAGUACAACAUGCUGACUCUUCUUGGACACUAUUGAUGUUAUAUUCAGACUAAGUUUUCCUGACCACAGAGGAGUCACCAAGAAUUACAGUCCUUGCUACACUGGUGCUGUCCAGUAUCAUAAUGGUCAAUGAAUUGCUGUUAAAAUUAGGUUACUUCUAAUGUUUUUGCAUAAGACUGUAAGAGCUAAACAUCACUGAUAUCCCAGUAUUCUACUCUUAAAAUCAGUGUUCACAAAGGUGUUAAAAACAAGAGACAAGCGUUGCGUAUUAACAAGCCUUUAUUUGAAAAAUAACUCUACUCCAGCUGUGUCUGAGGCAACAUGACCGAAGACUCCCUCCCUCCUCUCACUCUCUGUUACCAACUUUGAACAAAUGCUUUUUUAACCUUUAUUGACUGUUCAUACUGUAAAAAAAAAAAUCUGCCAUGGAUGAAAAUAGUGUAAAUAAUUCAACUCUUGUGAAGUUAAAAAAAAAAAAAAAAAAAAAUGUCAUGACUUUUUUAAUGUGCAUCCACAAUAAACAACUUUUCAUGAAG